AAGACGAGACUGAGGUUGUGUAUUGUGUUGGAUCUCCAUGGUUGCUGGGGCAUGCGGCGCGCUCAUGGUGAAGUUUGACAUUUCUUAGCGCCAGUGCUGCCUCAGCCACCAUCCCAUCUCCCGUUCAUUGUUCACGCGUCGCUUCCCCCAAACAUCCCCCCCACCUUGACCCGAUUCCAUCCUUUCGUUCUGCCCAUCUCCGCCCGGCACUCGACUCUUCCACAAUGGGUAUCCCCAUCGGCUACAACAUCCGGCGGGACGAGGAGCAGGACAAGGAGCGAGAUGUGCUGCGCGCCGACGUGACGGGCCACCGCUCGCCCAUCCGCCGUCGCGUAAGACCAGACGGGCGAUCACGCCUGGCACCCCCGCCGGUGCCCGAAGUGACGAGGAACGCGCACCGGGUCAGCGAGUCGGCGAGGAACCCGCCCAGCCUGCAGCGCUACCACGAGUACCUCAGUCGCCGCGACACGGAGGAGCGGGCAAUGCGCAUGCACACGAGGCCGCUCGCAGCCCUGACGCCCGGCUUUGCCCCCGCCACGGCCGCGAGGACCAGGACGGGCUCGGCCGGCGCGCGUCGAAGGCGCUCGCGCAGCCCCCAGGCCGACGAGCUGGCGUACAGGCGACGCGACGACAGCCACGAGGGCCUCGACAGCAGCGCCGACAGCCACGCCGUGGGCUUCCCGCGCCUGCGCAGGAUGGGCCGUCGCACCAUCGCCGACGGCCCGCUGCCCUCGAGCUCCCUGCGCGAGUCCUGGAGCCCCGCCUCGACGCUCGACGGCCUGGGCGACCGCGACCGCAGCCUCAGCCCCUUUGAGGAGACCCUGCCCUGGGACACAUUCCUCAGCACCGUCGUCCCCGAUCCCGUCGCGCCCACUGCCGACUCGUCCUUUGCCUCCGCCGCCGCCUCGGCCUCCUUCUCACACCCAAACUCGACCCACAGCUCACGCGCCGGCAGCUCCAACUCGCACUCGGCCUCGUCCUCGCACACGCACCUCACCGUGCCCUCGCGCCGCCAGUCGGAAACCCAGUUCAUGCGCGCCUGCGAAUCCUCGUCCGACGACACAGCCUCCGACACCGAGGAGGACGAGAUCAUAGUCCGUCCCAACCCCGCCACAUCGCGUCGCAGAGCGCGUCCGAGUUACUUCUCCAGCGAGCCCCCCAUGCGCGACACAGAGCGCUACUCGCACCGCGUCUUGGAGAGGUCCCGCGCCGCGAACGCCUACGUGAGCCGUUUCUACAGCGCCAGGACUGCGCCUGAAAGACCGCUAGAGGAUCAGCUAGACGGGCCUGUCGAGCUGACAAGAGCAACGAGUGAUGCGCACGGCCUGCUUGAUCAGGAACUCCGCGACGCAAGGCUGCUGCUGGAGCGCCUCACGCGCCGCGACGACGUCAGCGACGACUUCUGGGCUUCGGUGGGCCUGACGCGGUCUUUUGCCGAUGGCGUGGAGCGGCUUCAGGAGCGCGAAUGAUUUUGAUGUGACGAAAAAUCUAUAUUCUUGUUGGUUGCGCGAGACUGCUGGUCGGUAUUGCGUCCAUUCUUUAUUACUCACACUUGCACGCGCACUCGUCUGAUGGUUGGUUGUUGUACGAAAAGUCAUGUUGGGGGAUAUUCUUGUGUACAGUAAUUAGAUAAUCUGGAGCUACAUGGUGCUCACAGACAUGGAAUAUAUUCAUGCGUCACGCAUAUCAUAUAGGGGACA